AUGGCCUUCGAUAUGUCUGAUCCAGAAUUAGCACAAUCAAUUGCUGAAGUGAUUGACGAUAAGAACGAAGAAGUCGAGUAUGUCGUCUUCAACGUCUCAACUGCUCCAAACAAAGUCAACUUCCAAAUCAAAGGAAAGGGAGGACUCAAUGAAGUUAAGGCUGCCCUUAAGGACGAAGAACUCCAAUUCGCUUAUUACAGAACCAUCUCUGGUGAUGAAGAAUCCAAGAGAGUUAAAUUUGUCUUUGUUUCAUGGGCUGGUGAAGGAAUCAAAAAACCAAAGUUGAGAGCUGCUAUGAGCAUUUUGAAGGGUGAGGUCAAGGAUACCUUGUUCAAGAACUUCCACAUCGAGAUCCACGCCACUUGCCAAGAUGACCUUAAGGAGGAGGAAAUUGCUGCUAAGCUCAAAAAGGCUGGAGGAGCUGAUUAUUCCACCAACUCUGGCUCAUCAUAA